AUGCCGCGCCGCAUCCUGAUUGUGGGUGGUGGAAUCGCCGGUCUCACGGCCAGCAUCGCUCUGGCGAAAGAGCUCACACAAGUCGAAUCAGAUCUGGACAUCACCAUCUAUGACAGUCGAAAUGAACAUGAGAUGGGAGAUGGAGGAGCCAUCAGUCUCACCCCGGUCGCUCAGCACCACCUGGAUCAGCUGGGCGUCCUGCCUGAACUCUCUCGGAUGGGAGAGGACACGGGAAUUGAAGUGGAUGAAAUCAACCUCUACUCUCUCCGCUCCGGGCGAUCGUUGGGUCCCUUGCGAUUUACCGACGAGACCGGACGCGGUUACGGAGGCUAUAAGAGCCGCCGAGUGCUGCGGAGUGCCCUGUUUCGCGCCAUGCUGGCUGUGGCGCGCCGGUACGCACAGAUUUCGGUGGAGUUUGACAAGAAAUUGUCCAGCACCAGCACGACUGGAAAGGUAGUGACUCUCGAGUUCGACGAUGGAACGACGACCACGGGGGAUCUACUGCUGGGAUGCGAUGGCGUCCACUCGGCGGUCCGCACGCAACUAGUGGAUCCCGGGAACCAAUCCGAAUAUACCGGCAUCGCCUUUAUUCAGAGUCUGGCUCCGGCCGAGCGGGUAUCGCUACCAUCUCAUUUCGACAAAUCGGCCAUUCACCUUACAAAGCAAGGAUCGCUGCUGGCCAGCUACUGCGACCCCAAUCAUCAGACCAUGUUUGUUGCCGCGAUCAUGCGUGUGAACGAACACAUUAUCGAGCGGUACCGCGCGCUGGCCUACACAGACGCCAAUAUCGCGGCACUCACGUCCGCACAGAUGGCCCUUCGCUACCAGGUGCGCAGUAAAUUUGGCACGUCGGCCUUCCCGUGGAUCCGGGAGUGGAUUGACGAGACGCGUGAUUGGGAGCUGUAUCCCAUCUAUCAGGUUCGCCAGCGGGGGAAGUGGCAUGUUGACCGCGCUCUCCUGCUCGGGGAUGCCGCACACGCAAUGCCACCACGCGAGGAAUCAGCCGCGUACGCCAUCGAAGACGCGGUGAUAUUCGCGCGGAUCUUCGCUCGGAGGCGUGAUCGUUCUCUACACCAUAUAUUCGUAGAAUACGAGAACGCGCGGCGAGGGCUGGUCGAUAAAGCGUUUGAUGCCACCCGCCGGUUAUGGCAAAGCGACCUGGACAAAGGACUUUUUCCUGGGAACUUCCGAGACUGCAUGUCGUCAACCCAGCUGCCACCAAAUCGUGCAGUAAAGGAAAAAGCCGACGUCCCGCUAAGAGAACCAAUCUUCCCGCCACCGACGCAUGAAAGCAUGUCCGAUCUGUCUGUGUAUACAUUGACAAGCGAAUUGGAGGCGGCUCUUGAUGCCGAUGAGGGGAGGACAAAAGUCCCGUUGUCAUUAUGA